AUGCGUCUAUCACAGCUUUUAUCCAUCACGCUUACCAGUGCGUCCAUGGUUGGCACCUUGGUGUCAGCGGCACGACUGCCGCCCAUGGCUGGUAGCAACGGAGACGUGCUUGGCAAACGGCAACUGAGCGCCGCGGGCUUGCCGGACCUUAGUGACGAACAACAGGCUGAGCUUGUGAAGCUUUACAAGGCGUACUCGGGUGCCAAGGAUAUCAAGAGUUUCCUUGAUGGCGUGAGCAAUCUGCCCAAGGGCGAAGCUUUUAAGACGCUGGCCAAGGCCCUUGGAGGCGGCGCUACAGCAGGCAACGUGCGAAGCGCUCUUGACAAGACGCCUGGCAAGCCGCAAACCGUGAUAAUCACGUACGUUCUAGGCAUUGGCAAGUGCUUAGUGGAUGGCAAGUCCCUUACCGACGCAGUUGACUGCGGCAAGAACGCAGUCAUCGGGCUCGGGGACCUUGCCGUCAUCAAAGUCCCCGAGACGUGCAAUAACCGCCUCGGCCAGUUGGAGCUUUUCGGCACGGGCUGGCCAGCACCAUGCCACGAUCCCAAGGCCAUUGAGCACCCGCAGGGCAGUGCGGCACACCGCAGGCUUAAAUGGGGGUUCUGCAGGCUCUUCGAAAUAAUGACCCCCGAGAGGCUUCGCAAGACUGAUCAGCAAACCGGCGGAUCGUGCGACUCGCGGUUCCCGACUGACCAGCAGAUCAAGGACGACCUCUGCAGGAAAUACUUUGGCGGCGCUCCAUGCGGCGCGUCAUUUCCCCUGGAAACCGAGGAGGACUUUAAGAAGGCAAAGGCUGAUGAAGACAAGUAUAAGAAAUGGCUUCAAAGUUUCUCGCCCCAGCUGCAGUUUGAAGCCGUGGUCGGAGUACAAGGGGAAAUGCCCUCCAUGUUCAAGGGUAAAAACGCUGUCCCGCUUGACAAGGAAACCUGCCGUGGUGGAAAGUGCGGUGAAACAUGUUCGGGAGACAAAUGCUUCCCAUUGCGAGAGGUCUGCGAGCCUGCGUGCGUACCGGACGAGGCUGAAGGGGGCAAAUGCAACUGCGGCUGGGACCAGUUCCGUAUGCAAUGCAACAGCUGCCACGUCGACAAGUGCGGCGAAUGCGUACUGAAGCCUAUUACUGAAAAGGACGGCAAGUUCUUUGCCGGAGAGCAACCUGAGCAACUUCACGUCGAGUGCCGGGAUAACGGCGAGUGCUACUUUGUUCCCACCCGGCCCUCUCCCGCUCCUGCUGCCAAGGCCUAG